AUGUCGUAUCAUCAGAAGAGACUGCAAAGUCUAAUUGACAAGGUGGAACGAAUACUACCUGACAAUCAAUUGGCAAUCCUAGGCACCAACAUGUAUAGGAUGGUCGAAGCAUGGACGCCAGACAAGACUAAAGACAGGUCUAAAAUAAGUGUCCUCAGACGAACGAUAUAUGUCUCAGUGAUGGAAUCAAUUGUAGAGGAGACUUUAGGCAGCUUUUGUCUAAAAUUUGGCAAGGUAAAAGCUCAGAUUGAUUCGCCUACCGACGGUCUAUGGAUCGAUCCGCCAGCUGACAAACAACUAAUGUCAGCAUUAGGGAAAUUGGGAACCCGCAGAAUGAUAUUAAGCCGACGGUUCAAAUUCAACAGCACGCAAACGAGCAACUUGAUUAGGAUACUAGUUUCAUCCGAUCCUGAAAUUCGCGGAAAUGCUAAAUUGGAUUUGCUGUUAAAGCUUGAUUCUAACUUAGUCGAUCCAAUUUUUCAGACACCUAGUUAA